CUCACCGGAAGUGUUUGCAGACACCUGUAAUCGUGAUCCGCCGAUGGAUGUAAAAACUGAGCUGUAAUGGAUUUCUUUGUCUCAUUUUGAUGAUUGAUUUAAAACGAACUUUAUGUAAAGAUAUAAAGUCGAAGACACCAGACGCCAUAAUGCUGGUUGUGUACUGCUCGGUUUUGUUCCUAAUUUCUUCGGUUGGAGCAGCUAAAACUGACGGGGAUGAUGAGUGGGUCCAUCUUCCCAACAGAUGUGAAGUCUGUAAGUUUGUCAGCAUCGAGAUGAAGUCGGCUUUCGAAGAGACGGGAAAGACCAAAGCAGUGAUUGAAAGCAACUACAACUUCAUAGAUGGGAAAGGGGCGCCGCCUGUUAAAUACGUCAAGUCAGAUCUCCGAUUCAUCGAGGUUGUAGAAAAUGUGUGUCAGCGUCUGCUGGAGUACAACCUGCACAAAGAAAGGACCGGCAGCAACCGCUUCGCCAAGGGAAUGUCAGAGACUUUCUCCACUCUUCAUGGCCUGGUGAAUAAAGGGGUGAAGGUGGUGAUGGAUAUUCCCUACGAGCUGUGGAACGAGACGUCUGCAGAAGUUGCCGACCUCAAAAAACAGUGUGAUGUGAUGGUGGAGCAGUACGAGGAAGUGAUUGAAGAUUGGUACAAAGGAAACCAGGAGGAAGACCUGACCACUUACCUGUGCGAGAAACAUGUUCUCAAAGGAGGGGACAAAGCCUGCCUGAGUGAGGACUGGAGUCCAAGGAAGAAAGGAGACCAGGCUGCUAUUGCAGAGGACAAGAAGAAGAAGAAAAAGAAGAAGGGAGGCAAGAAAGGAGGAGGAGAGAAGGCCGACGGAAGCUCAGAUGGAGAGAAGGAAGCUAAAAAGAAAAAGAAGGAGAAGAAAGUGAAGAAGAAGAAAAAGAGCAAAGCUCCGGUGGAGAAGACGGACGAAGGGAUGACGUCAGACGAGGAGAUCCAGCAGCAGGUGCCUCUUUCUGGGCAGAAGACUGAACUGUGAGCCCCUGGAUUUCCCUCUGGACUUGGAUCAGCUCACCUUCCUAAACCUGCCUGUUUUAGACGAUCUGCGGCUCAGUGAAAAUGGCUAAGAGACAACUGGCUGUUACAGCAUUUUAAAGUCAUUUAGGCCUGAUUGUUACUGUUGUUUUAAGACUUUCUGAUGGGUUCAGUCUUCUUGGACGUCAUCGGGUCGUUUGGCACUGUUCAUAUUUGUUUUUUUUAAUAAAUUAAUUCAAACUUUUGACUAAAAUAAUAUAGAAAAUGUAUCUUUAUCAACAUAUAAAAGCAUAGAAAUGUGAAUUUGAUUAUGCUGUUAAAGGCUCCAAAUUAAUGUGACCUUGUGGUGACAAGCAGAUGACUAGAUCUCUGCAUCUUGGCCUUGCUGGAAUAAUCCUGAGGGAAAGAUGAGUAAAAGUCAAAUGCGGUGUAAUAGUACUUAAUAGUACUAUAUAACAAAUGAUACAUUUCUAAUAUAUUCUGACUUUAAACUGAAUAUCUGAAAGAAAGGGCGCUCUCAAACAAUUCUUAAAUACCUUGAAUCUAUGAUUUUUCUGUAAACUAUGAGGUCUAAAAAGCAAACUUUAUGUACGGUAACCUUGUAAAUUGUUUUCCUAUUUUGCUGCACAGUUUUCCUGUCAAAGUGAGGCGGCGUUAGGUUCAUAUUCUCUCUCUCCUCUUAUCAGCUAAUUCCUGGAAACUGAAACUUUUGGUACCGGAAGCGUUUCCUUUAAAUGCAGCGUUUGUUAGGCCUCUGCUGGACAACAGCUGCUAAUUGUGUGGGCUUGACCUCAGUGGAAGUUUGUACAACUUUUGAAUUUUAUUUUCCUAAUGUAUUUGUAUUUUUACGACAUUUGUACUCUGAAGUCAGAUCCUUGUGUUCAUGUAUUUGACCUUGAGCUUAUUGAAAGUGUGCAAACACAUCAUUGGGUGAAAUAAACUGUUUGUUGCCUAUUU